GCACUCUCCGACAUACCCGGCUUUCCAGACCUCAAGGUUCAACGAACUCAAAGCUCGAACAACAGAGAAACAGUGGACAGUGGCACUCUCCGACAUAGCCGACUAGCCAAGAAUCAGAAACAGUGGACAGUGGCACUCUUCGAUAUAGCUAGGAGAAAUAGUGGACAGUGGCACUCUCCGACAUACCCGGCGGCGAGAAUCGAAGCCGUUGCUGAGUUUAGACUACGUAUCGGACAGGAUUGCCCCGUUGAUGAGUUUAGACUACAUUGGGAGUAUACACUCAACUCACAUGUACACCUUCACAGAUUGGGAGUAUACACUCAACCCACAUGGACCUUCACAGAUUGGGAGUAUACACUCAACCCACAUGCCCCCUUCACAGAUUGGGAGUAUACACUCAACCCAUAUGCCCUUUCACAGACUGGGAGUAUACACUCAACCCACAUGCCCUCUGCACAGAUUCGUACCGGACACGAUUGCUUGACAAAACACCUUCACAGAUAG